AUGGCGUUCAAGCGUUUCAAGGACUCUGAGUUCUCGGGCGACCUCUACGAGAUGUCAACAUUCAUGCAACCUCCUGCAGGCGGUUGGCUGUCCACUGCCGAUUGCUUCGGCCGCGCGCUUCGUGUAGUUCUGGCAUUCUAUGUCGGCGGAUUGCUAGCCUCGCAGCCGCUUGAAUUGUACAGCUUCCUUGUGAAGUACCAUCAGGUGUUUCACUGGGGAGGCUGGAUUGGAUGGAGUCACUUGAUCAUGCUCGUCUCCUUGAUAAUGUGGCCAGGACUGUUGAUCCUGCUCGUGUGCCACGACAAGCUGAAGACAGCAUUGAAGCCACCUUCGGAGGUCAACUGCUUUUUCGUGGAGCCUGAGAAUUUCUUCGCGCGGUGCUUCUGGGCCUUUCAAAUGGUGGGCUCAGUGCCUCUGGCCAUUUUCAUGACCCACGGCAACAGCACUGCCGCGAUCGAAAAUGCCUGGCACGACUACGUUCUGACCAAGCAGUUCUGGAGGAGGCAUAUGGAGAAGACCAACAUGCCGUUCCCCCAGCAGCUUGGCCAAUGGGAUGGGAGCAGUUGCGAUUGGUGGUCACACGCCAAAGGGAAGUCCGGUGACUUCAUCGUUGGGGAUGUCGUGUUGAAGCUUAUGGACGGGUGCCUGGGCAGAGGGGACACUUUCCUGGAAGUUGGUAGGGAUGGUUUUGAUGGCACUGUGGCAGCAGUCUCAAGGGUGCUGAACGAGAAAUAUGCAUCAAUCGUAGGAGUGCUUGUUCUGGAAUGGGUCCGCCCAAAGUCUGGACACGAGGUGCACUCAUUCGAUAUCGUCACCAUGGUCAUGCCGGACGACAGCAUCCAGCUCGUGUCCUGCCUGUACUGGGGCAACUGCAGGGACGGAGGAUCCAGCACGCACGAUGCCAUGGCCGGCUUCGUAGUCGACGUCGACAAGGAGAAGGUGCACUCAACGGCAUCGUGGUACUCCGCCCUAUUUGCCAAGAGCAUGGGGGCGGGGCAGAACGGUCAGGCCGGCCAGGGAAAGGGGCACGGCGAGGUCGGCAUCGGCAGCCAUUUCCCGGGCAUCAGGGAGCUGUGCGAGCAGGCCAUCAAGGGUCACGAGUCUGCGUUGCAGGAGGCACCAUGGUUGCACGCGGUGGGCUGGGAUGCGAUGUUCAGCAGCUCAGGGCCCGUCUUCUUCGAGGGCAAUUAUGCCUCGCAUAGGAUCCCCCGUCGCGUCUUCCUGACGUGGAGGAGUACCAUGUGGUUCUUGAGCCACAGCAAGCGCUUCAGCUUGCUCCAAUCACGUCGCAGGAAGCACAUCACCGUGUAG